UUGCGCCCCAAAUAUGGAUUUGCAGGUGCGUGUCUAGCAAGUUCGCCUAGCUUUUCGAUUAAAAAACUCACAUGUAGAGGAGUUGAUAGCGGCGUUUACUGGUUGACAGUCUCAUUCCGCAUGAGUAGCGGAGGUAGAUUCGAUUUCGAGGACGGUGGAACCUAUUGCGGAGGAUGGCAAGAUGGAAAAGCACACGGAGCAGGAGUUUGUACUGGUCCGAAAGGUCAAGGAGAAUAUUCUGGAGAGUGGGAAAGCGGCUUUGAGAUUAGCGGCGUCUAUACUUGGCCUAGUGGUAAUUGCUAUGAAGGAGAAUGGAUGCAAGGAAAGCGACACGGCGUUGGUGUGGAGUUCAAAGGUAAAUGGACCUACAAGGGUGAAUGGACACAUGGAUUUAAAGGACGCUACGGGGUACGGUUAUCUACAAACUCGGAUGCUAGAUACGAAGGAACAUGGACGACCGGCUUACAAGAUGGCUACGGUGUAGAAACCUAUGCAGACGGUGGAACUUAUCGAGGCCAAUGGUUAAGAGGCAUGAGACACGGGUAUGGCAUGAGGCAAUCGGUACCAUACGGACUAGCUGCCGCCCACUACGAUUCGAAAACUCUUAGAGCUUCGCUAAGUUCUCUUCGUUCUACUGACCAGGAAGUUGAAGGACGCGAUAAACGAUCGGACGAAGUUCGAGGUGGUUUUGUUCUCAAAGGUCGUUUAGAUGAAUCAACCGCAGCCGCAUCAUUUCAAUCAAAAACACCUAAGUCUAGGCGAAAAUUUAUGGACGUUCUGAAAUUGCGUAAACACAAUAAAUCAACAGGCGAUAUAUCUAUGAGAUCGAAAAAAACUUCUUCAAUGAGAUCAACUUAUUCUGCUGAAUCGGCAACGCAUCUAUACGAUACUGAUGCCGAGAGCGAAGCAAGCCUAUUAUCAACUGAUGACCUUGAUUCGAGUGCAGUUGAAACCUAUAUAGGAGAAUGGAAGAAUGAUAAACGAGCCGGUUUUGGCGUUUCAGAACGUUCAGAUGGUCUAAGGUACGAAGGAGAGUGGUUAAACAAUACUAAACAUGGUUAUGGAGUAACUACUCUACGAGAUGGUUCAAAAGAGCAUGGAAAAUAUAAGAAUAAUAUUUUAGUGUCUUCCACUCAAGGAAGAAGUAAACUCUUUAUCCUUCGUUCAAAUAAACUGAAAGAGAGAGUAGAAAAUGCAGUUGGCGCCGCCCAAAGAGCAGCACAGAUUGCUGCCCAAAAGGCUGAUAUUGCUAUGACCAGAAUGUCUAAUGCUAGAGCAAAAUCUGAUGAAGCUGAGAGGGCAGCAACAAAGGCUAGAAAUGAUUCGAACGAAGCGAGAGUUAGAGCGAGGGAAGUAGCACCUGAAUUCCAUCAGCCAGGUACGGAUAUACAAAAGAAUAAAGUACCAACUGAAUUAACAAAUCACAUCUCUCCGGCUGCUCCUAUCAUCCCACAACAAAGUCGUCCUCCCAUACCAGAAGUGAAACUUCCGGCCGUUCAACAGUCAGCCCGUCUUUCAGAACUUUUCGACGCUACAGUAGUUACUGAUCAUUUCGAUCAGUACGAAACAGGUAGCGGAUUAGAUGCCGAAAGUAUAGGCAGAAGUUUGGAAGCUGUUUCGACUAGACCUGCGUCUAGAACAACGUCUCUAGCUCCUUCUCGCGGACACAGCGAGGAACGUAAUGAUCAAUUAGGCCAGCUUCCCGAAACCACAAAAUCUAGUCAACUAGGUCAAACAGGCCUUGUUCGGCGUUCCACUCUUCCUAGUAUAGUUAAAAGGAAUGAAAAACAAGAAGAGAAGAUGUAUGUCGUCGACAAAGGUAUUCGAAAACAGGUCCGUAAAGACGUUGAAAAGGACGGACCCUUUCGCUUGAAAAUAGAAAAAGUAAACGAUAACAUAAAAGGUAGCCUACCCGACGUGAGUAUUCAAUCAACAAUGAACCUCUUGCCCAGAGAGGAGGUUUAUAAGAUGAGCACUCAACGUCGGGAAGAGCUACGUCUUCUCAAGGAAGAAGAGGAACGAAGACGAAGACAGGAAAUUGUUCUCAGUUUAGGCAGUGUUAAGGAUUGGUGCAAGCAGCAACAACUUCUAAUGAUGGUCCUUGCCGUCAACAUAUCCCUCGCUACCCUCUUCUUCAAUCUACUUUCCUAACAUUCCGAAUUUAUUAGAAGUUAUUUACUGUAUUCAGAAAAGAGUAAAAAAACAAAAAAGGAUCGAAAAAAAAAUUUUAAUGCAAAUUUCACCGUUUCCUUUCCUCAGAUUUAUCUUCAACUUUUACUAUACUGCAGUACGGUUUGUAAUCAGCAAAAAUACACACCCUCUUAUAAUAAUAAUAAUAUUAAUAAUAAUAAAAGAAGAAGAAGAAAAAAAGGAGGAAUAAGAAGAAAAGAGAAAGAGGUGGGGGUAGUGGGUGUUAGGAUUGGGUAUGGCAAUAAAAAAGAAUGUAAAGGCCAUAGAAUUUUAUUACCCAAUUCUCCUUUUACCCCUUUUAAUCUCCCACUUAAUUCUUUUUUGCAUUCCGUUUAUAGUUUAUUCGAACGUAGCUAAUAAAGAUUGUGGUACAAACCAUACUAUGCUUUUUGUACCUAAGAGAGUAUGUUAGUGGAAUUUGAUACUUAAAAUACGUUCGAAUACCCCAGUAAAGUGGCAUUUCGAGAUUGUAGGUUUAUAUUAUGUGUUAAAUAGUGCUAUAUAUGAAAUUAUACAGUAUUUUUACAUAUUAUACCAAGCUUAUAUAUAAGUGAUACCCAAAUACACAGUAUAAUUAUAUAGCCUACGAACCACUUUUGACCCCGAGGGAAUAAAGGAACCAAACUGAACCGUAUUCGAAUGUGUUAUAUUUAGAUAGCUCUUUUUUUCCUCUUUUUUUUUUUACGUUUAGCCUACUUUUUACUAUAAUAUAUGGGAUAAAGAAAAAACCUUGUAAAAACCAAAGGGUCAUUAAAUGGAUUUCUUCAAAUUGAUAACGUUCACUUAAAAAUAUUUAAAUAUUAAAUACGUUUUAUAAGCGUUAAUUGUAUCUUAACUGAUCAAACAUUGUUUAUACAUAUUACAUCAAGAUUUUCUUAUUCUCUU